AUGGCCGCCUCCACAAUGGCUCUCUCCUCCCCAUCCUUCGCCGGUCAGGCGGUCAAGACCACAACUCAGUUCUCCGCCAGCAACGGCGGCCGCGUCUCCAUGCGCAAACCCGCCACCAAGUCCGUCUCCUCCGGCAGCCCCUGGUACGGCCCCGACCGCGUUAAGUACCUCGGCCCCUUCUCCGGCGAGGCCCCCAGCUACCUCACCGGCGAGUUCCCCGGCGACUACGGCUGGGACACCGCCGGACUCUCCGCUGACCCCGAGACCUUCGCCAAGAACAGGGAGCUCGAGGUGAUCCACUCCAGGUGGGCCAUGCUCGGCGCCCUCGGCUGCGUCUUCCCCGAGCUCCUCUCCCGCAACGGCGUCAAGUUCGGCGAGGCCGUCUGGUUCAAGGCUGGCGCUCAGAUCUUCAGCGAGGGCGGUUUGGACUACUUGGGCAACCCGAGUUUGGUCCAUGCUCAGAGCAUCUUGGCCAUCUGGGCUACCCAGGUUGUGCUCAUGGGUGCCGUCGAGGGCUACCGCAUUGCUGGUGGGCCACUCGGAGAGGUGACCGACCCGAUCUACCCGGGCGGGAGCUUCGACCCAUUGGGGUUGGCUGAUGACCCCGAGGCGUUCGCUGAGCUGAAGGUGAAGGAGCUCAAGAACGGGAGACUCGCCAUGUUCUCCAUGUUCGGAUUCUUCGUUCAGGCCAUCGUCACCGGAAAGGGCCCAUUGGAGAACCUUGCCGACCACCUUGCCGACCCAGUUAACAACAACGCUUGGGCCUUCGCCACCAACUUCGUCCCCGGAAAGUGAGGAGAAGAAGAGUGUUUGGAGUUGAGAGUGUUGCUUUAGUCACUUGUAAAGUUUCAUGUGAAUUAUUGGAAUAUAAAUGCCAUGUUUUGAGGUUCAA